CCCACAAAACAAGAGGCACCGUUUUCAUUUAUUUUCUUUCAUCUUUCAAAUUCGAACACCGCUUCGCUGAAGAGCUAAACCAUAGAGAAGAAUAGAUAGAUCUAAAACAGAAAGAAGAAGAAGAAGAAGAAUGCUUCCCACUGAAGGAGACUUGGAUCUGAGGCCAUCUUCUCAUUCUACUCUCACAACCGGAGAGUACACAUUCGCCGAUGUGGGGAAUUUGGAACAUUGCGCUAAGUAUUUGAACCAAUCGCUCGUCACAUUUGGUUUUCCCGCUUCACUUGAUCUCUUCGCUAACGAUCCCGUUUCUAUAGCGAGGACUUGCAAUUGCAUAUACUUUUUGCUUCAGCAGAGACAGCGUGAUGUUGAAUUUAGAGAGUCUGCUAAUGAACAAAGACAACGACUAUUAUCUGACAUAUCAAGAUUGGAGGCCAAAGUUGAGAGACUCGAUGGUCAAAUACAAGCCAAAGAUAGAGAGAUAGCGACAAUAACUAGAACGGAAGCUAAAAACACUGCUGCUCUUAAGGCCCAAAUUGAGAAGCUGCAAAUGGAGAGGGAUGAGUUUCAGAGGAUGGUUAUCGGUAAUCAGCAAGUAAGGACUCAACAAAUACAUGAGAUGAAGAAGAAGGAAAAGGAAUACAUAAAGUUGCAGGAGAGACUAAACCAAGUGUUGAUGGAGAAGAAGAAAGAAUCUAGAUCAGGCUUGGAGAUAAUGAACUUGCUUCAGAAAGAAGGGAGGCAACGGGGAACAUGGAAUGGGAAGAAAGCCGACAAUGAUUUUUAUAAAAAGAUUGUGGACGCAUAUGAGGUGAAAAAUCAAGAACUGAUAGCAGAAAAUGCUGAUUUAAGAGCAUUAUUGAGAUCAAUGCAGGUGGAUAUGCGCGACUUCUUAAAUGCUCCUAAUGGCCUACCAAAUCAAUCUCCUACUACAAAUGAAAGAGCUGAAAGUAAUCCUUCACAAUCUCCGCUGGUUGGGAGAACGGAUGUAUUUGAUCUUCCUUUUCACAUGGCCAGAGAUCAAAUUGAAGAAAGUCUUAGAAACAAGAUGGCUUCUAUAAAGGAGCGCAUGGGCCAAUUGCAAGAUGCUCAGAAAGGGUCAGAAGUCACUUCAGAAGCUACUGAGAGGGAACUUGAGCUUGAAGCUCAACUUGUUGAAGCAAGGAGCAUUAUACAGGAGCAGGCAUCUAUAAUGUCUAAACAUAUUGCAAAAUCUGACAGGCCAAGGGAAUCUAUCAUCCCGGCACCGACUGAGAUGGGUAGUUAGGAAUUGUCCAGCGAGUCUUAGUCCCAAGUAAAAUUUCCAAUUAAUUGUAAAUAAUCGGGGUAGUGCUAGACUGGGAGCACAUGUUCAUGGAGGUGAUGACGAUGACGAUGAUGACAUUUAGCUUUAAUCUUUUGUGAGGGAGUAUGUAACUAACAUAGAAGAGGGUACUCAGGCUUCAUUCUUCUCAUGAUAAAUUAUAUUGGUUCUGUAGGGGAGCAUGCAUGGACAACAUCCUUUUAAGCCCUUGUAACUAAUCUUGCUUGUCCAUUUUGCACUGCAAUUAUUUAAUAUAACAUGCCCUAGUAUGGUCGAAUGUCAUUGUUACUAGUGUGAUAAUGUAAUUACCAAUUAGUGAUAUUGUACUCUUGCAACUGAUUCUUAGAAGAAAAAAAGAUAUCUAUGUCUCGAGCACCA